AUGAGUGAGUCGACGGAGCCCGUCCAUGACGGCGUGGAGGAGUUCGUGGUGGAUCCCAUCCGCGUGUCUCUCCUCGCGACCAUCGACGACGAGAACACGGCCUACAAGGACCCCAACAAGACGGACCGAUCCUCGCUCUUCGAAGCCAAGACCAUCGACAUAUGGGAAACGGCCGGCCGGGGCGCGCAGAUUGUGGAUCGAAGUUACCCGGCGUCGCGGAGACUUCCCCCGGACCUGUUUGAGGCGUAUCACCCCGCGAUACCACCACGCGGGAGCCGUCUGGCUCUUCGACUCUUGUGCACGCGGCCGGCGCUGGGGGCCAACCAGACGGCCAAGCACGACGACAUGAACCCACCAGGGGAUCGACAGAUCAACUAUCUCCCGUUUCUGGCCGAGGACGUGCAGGAACUGGUCCAUCAGUGGGAUCUCAAUCGCGAAUACACCUGGAUGAGGCUGAACGCGCGCGAAGUGGGCAAUUUCCAGCGCAAGACGGUCUGGAGUUUUGAAGUCGAGCCGCCCAGAGCGGUGCGAAUGGGACUGGUGAUCCAUUUCCCCUUCGUCCUCCGCCCGGCCCGACGAACAAAGUACCUGACCGACACCAAGGGCGGGCGCACCGCUUCCCGGCGAUCGCUCAAGUCGACGUACAACCCGCGCCGCGACGACCCUUUCCUGUGGUCCUUUGCCAUGUCGCAUUCGCUACGCGACGGCAAGACCCGCUGCCUGCUCGACGGUCUCACAGACUGGGCGGUCGGGGACGUCUCACGCAGGCUCCUGCGGGCUUCUCAGCAGUGGUACGUGCAUCCCUUGCACGUGCCCGUGAUUUUGUUGAACAUCUUCUUUGACCAUGCGGCCUGGGAGGUCAACCGGUUGUGCGUCGAGGUCGGGCACUUUGAGUUCUUGUCGCGCGACGCCCAGAUCGGCUCGCUCGAGCAGUUUGACACCAUCACCACGCAGCUGCAGUACCUGCGCCGAUCCCUGGAGUUUUUGCAAUCUCUCGCCAAGUUUUUGCUCGAGACCAUGGAUUUUCUCGAACAAAAGAUCUUUUUGAGGGAGUGGGACAAUCGCGCGGGAAGGGAUGAUGGCACGGUCACGUCGUACAGGUUAUAUGUGCACCAGACGAACCCGCACAUGGAGGAGAAGCUGAUGAACAUUUCGCACUUGAUCGACAAUAACCUGUCGACGUGCCAGUACUUGCAGUCGAGGACGAGCGAUGCCCUGGAUUUUAUCAAAGGCAAAAUCUCCCUCCGCGACAACGACUCGAACCGCGAAGACGCCGACUCCAACAAAACCAUGUCCUUCCUCCAAAUGAUCUUCUUACCCGCGACCUUCGUGGCCGCGAUCGUGUCGAUGAACUUCUUCGACCUGACCACCUCCCCGCCCCGGGUGAGUAGUUACAUCUGGAUCUUCUGGGUCGUCAGUCUGGGGCUCACGGGGGUCGUGUUGGGGAUUUACUUCUUUUGGAGGUGGAAGGGGAAACUCAAGGCCGAGGAGGAGAGGAGGGAGGCGUGGAGGAGGGAGAAGAUGCUGGGUUGGGAGGAAGGGGGUGAUGGGGGCGGGAGUGGGAGUGGGAGUGGGCCGGAGGACGGCGAUGAGGAAGGCGGAAGAAGGAGGAGGGGGAGGAGGAUGGGGGAGAAGCGGAGGAGUCGGCGCAGACGCAGGAGGAGAAUGACCAGCGAGGACAGCGCGGAGGAUGGCGAUAGGGCGAAUACUUCCAAUGCCCAGAUGAAGAAGAAGGAGAAGCCGGAGUUGGUGGAGUAG